AUGAAAUUCAUGGAGAAUAACUCAGAGGUGACGGAAUUCAUCCUGCUAGGACUCACUGACGCCCCGGAACUGCAGGUGCCUCUCUUUGUAGUGUUCACCCUCAUCUACCUCAUCACCCUGAUAGGGAACCUGGGGAUGGUCAUGCUGAUCCUGCUGGACUCCCGCCUCCACAUCCCCAUGUACUUUUUCCUCAGCAACCUCUCCCUGGUGGACUUCUGUUACUCCUCAACAGUCACCCCCAAGGUGAUAGCCGGGUUCCUUAUUGGGGACAAGGUCAUCUCCUACAACGCAUGCGCUGCUCAGAUGUUCUUUUUUGCCGUCUUUGCCACUGCAGAAAAUUUCCUGUUGGCUGCAAUGGCCUAUGACCGCUAUGCAGCGGUGUGUCGGCCCCUGCACUACACCACCACAAUGACUCCAAGUAAGUGUGUUCAUUUGGUCAUGGGAUGUUAUUUUUUUGGCUUUCUGACCGCUGCUGUUCAAGUUGGAGACACAUUCUGCCUCGCUUUCUGCGUGUCCAAUGUGGUCCAUCACUUUUUCUGUGAUAUUCCAGCCGUCAUGAGUCUUACUUGUUCUGAGAAGCACAUCGUCGAGCUUGUUCUUCUUCUAAUGUCAAGUUUCAAUAUCUUUUUUGCUGUUAUUGUUAUAUUGAUUUCUUACCUGUUCAUAUUUAUCACCAUUUUGAAGAUGCACUCAGCUGAGGGGUACCAGAAGGCCUUUUCGACCUGUGCUUCUCACCUCGUCGCAGUCUUCAUAUUUUAUGGGACUGUCGUCGUCAUGUACUUACAGCCCAGUACCAGCCAUUCGAUGGAUGCAGACAAACCUGCCGCUGUCUUCUACACUAUGGUCAUUCCCAUGCUGAACCCCAUAGUUUAUAGCCUGAGGAAUAAAGAGGUAAAGAACGCAUUCAAAAAAGUCGUGGAGAAGGCUAAAUAUUCUCUAGGUUUAACCAUUUAA